GUCAGGAAUAAAUAACAUCACUAUAUAAGCAAAAUAUGACAACAGAAAAGAAUGCAGAAUUGCGUGAACAGUUAAUAGCGGCGGUGCUGAAAAAGCGCAAAGCUUUGGCCCGUGCGCAGGAAAUUGUGGUAACACUUAUGGAGCCGCACAUAGAGGAGUCGGCAUUUUUGGCUAUGCUCUGUGAAAUAGGACCUGAAAACUAUAAUGAUAUUGUAGAUGAAAGACAUAUAAACAAGCUAUGCGGCUAUCCACUUUGCUCUGCCACCGUAAUCAAAGUACCUACAAAACAAUAUCAGAUCUGCGCUGCUAAAAACAAAGUAUAUGAUAUAACUGAGCGCAAAAAAUUCUGCUCUGGCCAUUGCUUUAAGGCAUCCGAGUUUAUUAAGAGUCAAAUACCCACUUCCCCAUUGUGGUUGCGUGACAAGGAGCCAACGCCGCAUUUAAAACUAUUUUCGCAACCUGAUAAUGUUAAUGAUAAAUAAAUAAAUUACACUGUGUUAUUAAUUUAACU